AUGGCAGACAUGACGGAUCGCGACGAGGCCACAGUGCUCCCGGCGCGGGGACCACGACGGUCGCGCCUUCCUGGAUUCCUGCGCGUGCCUAUCCUGGUGGUGCUGAGCCUGGGCAUCAACACGCUGCUGUGGCAGACGGCGGCCAACUUCCUCCCGCCCGAGCUCGGUUACGUCAGCAAGGUCCCCCGCGACGACGACGUGUACAGCGUGUACAGCCCGGUCGCGCGCCUCGCCACCAGGGUGCUGACCCUCUACGCCACCUGGGCGGUCGGCUAUGACUUCUACGAUGUCUCGAUGCUGACCCUGCUGACCAACACGCCCUACGCGUACCUCCUCGCGACCUACUACCAGAUCUCCACCCUCACCGUCGCCGCGCACAUGAACAUCGAGGUCCUCUCCAUCGCCAUCCCCACGUACCUCCUGCGCCCCAAGUCUCCGGCUCACCGCGCCGGCGUGCCCCUGCGCAACCGCUUCCUGAUCAACAGCGUGCAGGUCCAGCUCUCCAACGCCCUCCUCGCCGUCUGCGUCUACGUCGUCGUCAUCUGGGGCGGGCUGAAGACUGGCUGGAUGAACUACUUCCUCAUCACCUUCUUCGACAUCCCCACGCUCGAGGCCGCGCAUCUCGAGACGCCCGUCAGCAUCGCAGCCAAGAUCUUCACCGCAGGCUUCGCCGCCAGGGGCUUCCUCCUCAACCCCUCCAUCGCCGCCCAGGUCCACUCUGGCCAGGCGACGCCCGUGGCCAACUUCGACGCGAGCACGGCUGAUCUGCACGCCACCCUGAAGCACAACUUCUGGUACUUUGGACGCCGUACCCGCACUCUGAUCCAGCAGACGUGGAUCCUGAGCUUCUUCCUGGUCGCCAACACCGUGCAGCGCUGCAUGACGCUCAACGGCGCCGAGUUCAACGGCGCUGCGGGCUACGCUGGUAUCUGGGCCGUUGCCAACGUCAUCAUCGCCGCGUGGUAUGCGUGGGUCGGCGACACCAGCACGGACUACAUUGUCAACUAG